GAUCCUCGUCGCCUGCCUGGAGUGCCUGGCGUCGUCAUUGUCAGUCGACGCGCGACUCGCGAUCGGUGACGGUGUCGAACGUACGGUCCAUAUACGCAUACAUCCACACACGUGCACGCACACACACACACACAACACAUCUACCUCAAAGACCCACGAUGAUUUGUCGCGCGAUAACGAGUAACUACUGGAAAUUAUGCGUAAUACUUGCAGCCGUAGCUGGCGGCACCAGGGGCUGGGAGUUAGGAAGCGGCCACAAAUACACGCUGACGAACACGCUUAUCUUCAGAGAGGCCGAACCGCCGAAAUCCGGGGGUGACGUCGGCUACCGACUCACCGGCGAGCUGGACAUCACCGCCCUAUGGCAGGAUUCCAACGAUCCCAAUAUCUUUUUACUGAAAUUCGAGUUACUUUCACCGCAGUUAUGGAUCAAGUCCCGACGAGCCCCGGAACCGGAGGGCUUCGUGGAGCACUCGUCCAAGGUAGAACAGGUCGCCGAGAAGCCCUUCUUCAUUCUCUGGCGGCACGGCGACGUCGAGGCCGUGUACAUGGACCCGGCCGAGAGCGCGUCGUCCGCGAACCUGAAGCGCGGUCUAGCUAGUCUCUUCCAGUACCGAACGCUCGACGACGAGGUGCGCCAACGGGACGCCUCCGGCCUCUGCAACGUGGCCUACGUGACGUCCGGAGAUAACGUUAUCGAGAAACGAAAAACUGCCUGCGCGCACGGCACGUUGCCGCCGCCGAGGAAACAUCCGAACCCGGUGUUCGCCGUCAGACUCGAGAGCUAUCGCAAUUCCACGUACGUGCUGACACAGUCGCUGCUGCCGGAGCACGUGUUCGAUUACGAGACGCACAGGAUGACCUUGGUGGCCAAGUCCGACGUCGGGACGAGCGUCGUGUCGGAGAGAACGCUGAAACAGGCAGCUGGGAUCCCGAGCGCAACUGCGGUUCAGGCGAAUUCCGCGAAGCACGCGGUGAUGCUCCUCAAGCCUGAAUACAAAAAGACCGGCAUCGAGCUCCAACCGAUGCCCGCCACAUGUCCUGACGCCGGAUGUCCCACG